AUGGAGGAUUUGAGAAAGGAGCAAAUUAUGAUACAAAAUAUUUAUUCUAAGAUUUUUGAUGAAAAAUUAAUAAGAUGGUUCGAGACUGCUAAGGUUGUCGUUUUAAAGAGUUGGAAUAAGGUGCUCUCUGAUUAUGAAACAAUACAUGAAUAUUCAAGUGAUUUGUUUAAAUCGCAAUUAGACAAAAUACUUGAUAGAAUUAAUAAUAUGAACUAUAUAUCAAUUGAGUUUCUUCAAUUACUAAAUAGAUUGAGACAAUACUUUUUAGAUUCAUGGUUUCACAAGUUAAGAUCAAACGCAUAUUCUCUCUCAUCUGAUUAUGAUUCAUUUUGUGAAAAGUUCGACAGUAUUGAACUGUGUUUAGAAUCUUUUGUAAUAACAGCUCAAGAAUUGAUGAAAACAUCUGCAGAUGUAAGAUUGGAAAGAAUUUAUAACCUUGAAGGACGAAUUCCAGUUAAAAGAAUGUCCAUACUAGAUAAUGUGGAUCCGUCAAACCCAUUGGAUACCAGUUUUAUAGCUCAAGGAUUUUCUCCCAGGUUAGCAUCUCCCAGAAUAGAAAACUCUUUAAAUAGAAAUAAGGAAAAGGAAUACUUCACCUUUGCUAAAAAACCAAACAGCUUUGAGACUGUAAAUUCUUCGAGAAUUCGAGUUCACAAAAUUGUUCAAAUGACUUGGACGGAGUGUAAACAGUAUUUAGAAAGUAUUUUAUCAGAUGAAUUUGUUUUCAUAUCCAGAGUUACUGAGUAUAUUAAGGAGAAGUUAUUUUCCUCUAUGACUUUACCAUUUUCAACAUGCGGAGCUCUUCGUCAUCUAAUGAAUCCAUAUUAUAGUAGUCUUCACAAUCAAAUUCUUGGGGAAAACAGGAAAAAUUAUCAGCAGAGAAACGCCAAUAUUAACGCCUCCUCUUUCUCCAAUCAUUCCAAUUCUUUUACCAAAAAAGAAUCAGAAGAUGAUGUCGACUCUAUCAAGGAUAUAUUUAAAUUGGAUUGUGAUAGAGUAAACAGCGCAACAAGUGAUGACUUGCACGAUUUCAAUAGUACACUUAAUCAAAUUGAGGAUAUGAAAGUCGGUUUUAUUCAGAUGGGAGAAACCUCUUUUCCUUUUUUAGAGGAAAAGAAUGUGGAUUCUUUGAGUAUAUUCUAUAUUGAAUAUUUAAACAGCAGAAUUACCAUGAUUAUUAAUGGAGAAAACACACACACAAAUCCAAGUGGAGAAAUUGAACCAUUCACUAUUACAAAAGUUGGAGAAGUUGUUGCAAAGCCAAUUCAUCAUUGCGUACAUGAGUGUAUUAGAUUGUCUAGAAGACAAACUUACAAGGAGAAUCUUUCUUCAACAAUUGAAGAAAGAAAAGAUAACACCCCUCAAUGCAAUACUACAUUAUUUAGAUAUCUGUACAAUAAAGAAAAAGAUAUUUCAACCAAACAAAGCCUGAAUGAUUUAAGAAGAUCUUUAGGGAAGGUUGACGACAAAUCCUGUCUUCAACAAUAUUCUAAUAAUACUUCUCUUAUUGAGUGGAUUAUUUCUUAUAGAUUUGAGAUUAACAGCGUUUUUGAAAUUACUCUUAACUUUAUUCAUUCUAAAACCUUGGAAUUGAAAUUGCCAAAAGAAAAGAAAUUGGAAGUUAUUCUACUCAGUUCAGAUACCUUUGUUUUGAUGGAGCUGGUUAAUCACUUCGUUCAAGUGUUGAGGGGAGAUACACUGUUAACGGAAUAUGGGUUUCAAAGUUCUCUAGACACAGUAGGAAACCAUACUAUUACCUCCAAUAAUAUGCUCUUUGCUUUAAAAUCAAUUCUUAAUGGAAUGAAACGAGAAGUUGGAAAGUUACUGGAAUUAUAUUUGAAUAAGAUAUCUCUCGAGGUAACAUCCCUUUUAGAUGGUUUUCUUCAAGAAAAUGAAGGCUGGUUCGGACAGUAUUAUUCGCAAUCCCAACCUCCAAAUAAGAAAAACAAGAGGAGAAUUGUUCCAGUUAAAGUUGAAAAAAAGAGCAUUUUGAACGAAACUUAUUCUAGCAUCCUUAAUGGAUUAAGCCAUUUUUCUGGACAUUACAUAACCGAAGAUGUUCGAGGGUUUAUUGUUGAGUACUGCUGUAAACUAUUGGUCAAUCAAUAUAUUUCAUUCAUUGAAAAAAACCACGAAGAGAAUGUUAAUUAUCUAACCAGAAAAUUAAAAAGAACAGCAGAAAGAGUUAGAGCCGUGAACAGAUUAACUAUGUCUCUCAUUGAUCAGUUAUCUGAAGAUAAGUUAACAGUUGUUAAAAGUCUAGAUAGAAUUCCUAACAUUUCUAUAGAUACUUCUCUAAGAGAUGCAAUAUUAAGAAAUAUUAAUCAUUUAAUUUCCAUUCAAACGAUGAUGAUAGAAUCAGAAAAUAGUGUUGGAAGGAAGAAACUUGUGAAAAAGAAUCAAGUACUUCCUGGCAAGGAGAAAAUCAAAUAA